AAAAUUACUAAAAUCUUUAUUAUAACAAAAACAAAUUCUUUAAGUAGUUUUCUCCUGAAAACUCCUUUAAAGCUCUGUAUAAAACUCACUUCGAUAUCCUCACGCUUAAAACUUAGUCACGAAGAGUAAGUAAAAUCCAGAGCAUUUUUUAUAGUCUUUGAACAUCAUAUCCUUACAUUUUAACAAUGAUUGUAUUAUACUUUUUUAGUCGUGUCAAAAAUUCAGUUUUCCACUUAAUUUUACAAUCUUGUCCUGGAAAGAGGAGAAUUCAGGUCAUUUUUAACUUGAAAAAACUUAAAAUUCACCCUAUUUAGGGUAUAUAUAUAUAUCAUUACAUAUGAAUGACUUUGUAACUUUUUUUGAAAGUCACCUUCAGAAGUGAGACAUGUCUAUUAUAUAGUAUCUUUUUAUUUAAUGGGAGAGAUCUAGUUUAAAAAAAUGCGUGAUAUUGGAUUAGGCUUUCUCGACAUCACUUGAAUAUGAACAAUUAAAACUUUGCUCUAGUUUAACAUUAUAGGUAAAUAAUUUGUUUAAUAAAAGUUUGUUAUACGCCUCAUUUCACAAGAGAACUUUAUAUAAGCAUCAAAUUCAUGCUACAUUCUCAAAACAGAAAAAAUGGAGAACAGUCAUUUUAAAGGAGAAAAUGCUGCUAAGAACUACAGUAGUUUUCGGCCAUCCUAUCCAGAAUCUUUGAGUAAAAGUAUUCUUGAAUUUUUGGAUGAAAAACUUCCAAAAGAUUUACCAAGGAAAUUAGAAUUAGAUGUUGGAUGUGGAUCUGGGCAAAGUGUAGGAUGUGUUGCUCCAUUUUUUGAAAAAGUUAUUGGUAUUGAUGUCAGUGAAGAUCAGAUAUUAAAGGGAAGGGAAAAUAACGUUUUCAAAAAUGUUGAAUAUGUAGUUGGAACUUUUAAGGAAUUACCUGCUGAAGACAAUUCGGUUUCAUUAGUAAUUUGCGGAACCACCAUUCAUUGGUUUAAUCCAAUUGAAGAGUUUUAUGCAGAAGUUAAAAGAGUUCUUGUACCAGGUGGUUGCCUAGCAAUAUUUGCCUACUCUAAAUCUUUUAUAACUGGAUUGCCCAAACCCUUGAAUCAUCAUCUAAACUUAUUUUUUACCAAUGUUUUUAAUAAAAUAGCUUAUGAAGCUCCAAAAGAAAUUAAGAUUCUUUUUGACAACUAUCACAAUCUUGAAAUGCCAUUUGAAGAUGUAACAAAAGAUAAUUCAGUAAUGAUGACUAAAGAAUUGACUUUUGAUAAAUUUGCUGGUUUUUACAAAACUAAAACUUUAUAUAAGGCAUACAAAGAUAAAUAUCAUUCAGAUACAUUAGAAGAAAACAGAACUUUACUUGAAGAAAUACAGAAUGAUAAGCACUUCAGUAAUGACACAACUUUUGAGGUCACAUGGCCGAUUUCCACUAUUUAUGGGAGAAAAUGUAAAGGUUAAAUGAUUCCUUUAAAUUCUCUAACGUUUUUUUGGAUGUCAUUAAAAAAAACAUACAGUUUUGGUGUUGUUACCCUUACUGAUAAACCAAUAAUGGAUUUUAUUCCAAAUGUUUCUUGCUGCUAACCUUCCUAAAUAUAAAUCAACUGUUUUAAUAAUUGUCUUAACACAUUUUCAAUCAAAUAUCUUAUAAAAAGAAUAACCCUCAUGUGAGUUAUCAAUGACUUUUUAUCUUGAAAAUAAAAUUGGAAAUUUUUUUACCAAUCCUGUAGGUCACUAGAUUUUUUAAGCAUUCUAUAUAAAUCUAAAUAAGGAUAUAGGAUUUCUAAAAUCUAGUGACCUACAGGACAUGAACUAUUACUUGAUAAGCUAACCUUUGAUAAAAGCAAAAAUUAGCCCUAACUUGUCUAGACAAGAAGAAAAGUUUAACAUGUAUUGCAAUAUGAUCAUUGUAAUACACGCUUUUGAAUAUAACUGUUUAUAAAACCCUAACUCUGAAAACUGACCUAGUGACUGUUUCAUUUUUUUUCUGGGACACUUUUUUUUGCAUCAGAACAUUGAACAAAAUAUUUGGCACUGGGUGAUUGAGAAUUAUUGGAGAUUUCAAUUCCAUUGCAUAUCUUUUCUAAGAUGAAUAGGCUGUCCCUAUAGUCAGUAGAUGUUAAAGGAUUUGGAACUGGUUCUUCUACCCUUUUACAUAGAAAAUUCUGGUCUAUUAAAGAAUUUCCCACAAUGAGAUCAAAUUUACAAAUUAUAACACCCGAUAGAAAAAACUGGGAAUGAUAUGAAAAAUAAUAACAGUCUAUGCCUUGUGCUAGGCACAAUUAACUUAAAUAUACAAUUUUCCCAAUUAACAAACAUACACUUGAUAUUGAAUAAAUAUCUCCAAGAUCAACAGCCCAUCACGAAUAAUCGUUAGGAUUAGAAUUAGGGCAA